UCGAACCAGAAGAAGUAACAGACAGUCUUCAAAGUUGCAAGGUUCUGUUGUUGGCGAUUGUUUUUACUCCGUAAGCUGUUAUUUUCUAACUCAUUUGUUUCACUGCAAGUAUGUGUUGAUUUGAUUAAAAGUUAGUUGAGUGUCUUAUACUUUGAAUUUAUCAUCAUAAAUUGUAAAAUCGGUGGUGGAGCUGUGGUCCUAUUGUUGUGUUAUGGACAAGGCAUGGGUGUGGCUUCCAAGGGCUAGCCGAGAGUAUGUGGAAGGAGCAACAAAUUUUGUGACUGCAUCAUCAAGGAGGUUGGGGAAUCCAUCUGAAAUUUUCUGUCCCUGCAUCGAUUGCCGCAAUGUUUGCCAUCAACUUGUAGACACAGUAGUGGACCAUCUUGUGAUCAAGGGUAUGGAUAAGAAAUACAUGAGGCUAUCGUGUUGGAGUAUGCAUGGUGAAAGAAAGUCUGAUAUUUCUGAUAGUGUUCCCACAUCAGAAACUGAGGCUUAUGAUUUGCUUAGGACGGCUUACUUUACUGGUGAAGGCAGUCCACAGCCAUCAAACAACAUUGGAGGAGAAACCGAGGAGAGUGAAACUACAGAAGACUCUGAGUUUAGGAAGAAGUUGAGAGAUGCUGAAACUCCAUUUGACUAUCCUGCGUUAGGGACCUUGUCUGGCUGUAAAGUGAAAGGGAAACAAGCGUGUAACGUAUGUGGAAAGGAUACACCUUGUAGGUGGUUGAAGAAUUGUCGAAAGUAUGUGUAUAUGGGUAACAGAAAGCGACUCAGACCUGGACAUCCUUAUAGACGCAGAAAAGCAUGGUUUGAUAACACUAUCGAGGAAGGGACUGCAAAAAGGAUUCAGUCUGGUACUGAAAUAUUUGACAUACUAAAAGACUUCAGGAAUGAUUUUGGAAGAGCUUUAGAUAAGGAAGCUAAAAGAAAAAGAUCAGAUUUGUUAGAAGAUGAGGCGGUUCCAGAGGAAGAGUGUGAUGAAAGCACUGAUCUGUGGCGGUGGAAGAAGCGGUCAAUAUUGUUUGAGUUAGCUUACUGGAAGGAUUUGCCGGUGCGUCACAAUAUUGAUGUGAUGCAUGUGGAGAAGAACUUGUCUGAUGGUUUGUUGUCUACACUGAUGCAAAGUGCUAAGUCGAAAGAUGGCUUGAAAGCAAGAAAAGACUUGGAAGAUAUUGGAAUCCGAAGGCAUCUGCACCCAGAGGUACGGGGAAAGAAAACAUAUUUGCCACCAGCAGCUUAUUGGAUGUCCAAGGAAGAGAAAAAGGUAUUUUGCCAGAGGCUGUCAAAUUUCAGAGGCCCUGAUGGCUAUUGUGGGAAUAUUGCUAAUUGUGUUUCAGUCAACCCUCCUGUGAUUGGGAGUUUGAAGUCCCAUGAUCAUCAUGUACUCAUUCAUAACUUGUUACCUGUUGCGUUGAGAGGGUUGCUGCCAAGCGGCCCUAGGACUGCGGUAACUCGAGUCUGCAACUACUUCAACAGAUUGUGUCAACGUACCAUUGACCCAGAGAAGCUAAUUUCUUUAGAGUCUGAGAUUGUAGAGACAAUGUGCCAACUGGAGCGGUACAUGAAAACACUUAAGGCUUAUGUAAAAAACUAUGCAAGACCAGAAGCGUGUAUGGCUGAAGGAUACUUGGCCGGAGAAUGCAUUGCCUUCUGCUUAGAGUUCCUACAGAAUUCUGUACCAGUGCAAGAAGCUGUAAACCGUAACGAAGAUGUCGAGGCUGAUGGAAGUGUUGUUGAAGGCAGACCAUUGCAUAAGGGUCGAGAAGUUGUCCUUUCCGAGAAAGAGAGAGACAUAGCACACCGAUAUGUCUUGAUGAACUUGGCAGCUGUGGAUCCCUAUGUGGAGAUGCAUUUGGAAGAAUUGCAGUCUCAGGAUGCUCGAUGCGCUAGAAAUGAAACUAUUUUAUGGAAAUAUCAUACAGAUCAGUUUGCCCAAUGGAUUAAAAAAAAGAUUCCUUCUAAUUCAAAAGAUCACUCGACGAAGCUGCGGUGGUUGGCAUUUGGACCUAGACUAACUGCUCAAACCCACAAAGGGUUUGUCAUUAACGGGCAUCGCUUUCACACUGAUGACGUUAAGCGGAAGACACAGAAUAGUGGAGUGACUUAUGAAGCUUUUAGCAUGUGUAGAUCUACUACACGAGAUACUAGACAAAUGGCUGACAUAGUUACUUACUAUGGAGUGAUCAAGGAAAUUAUACUUCUGGACUACCACAUGUUCACAGUGCCAUUAUUCAAAUGCAAUUGGGCCAAUAGAGGUUAUGGUGUAAAGGAAGAGGAUGGUUUCACCCUUGUGAACCUUCAUAUGAAUCAAUCGUCAUAUCUGCAAGAUCCAUAUAUUCUCCCAUCACAAGCAAAACAAGUUUUUUACUCCAGAGAGAAUGACACAUCACCAUGGUAUGUUGUUAUGAGGGCUCCUCCUAGGGGCUACCACGAGUUGGAGACAGAGGAAGAGUUUGUUGGUGCACCUUUAUCAGUCCAGCCAGUUGAUGAUUUAGAGAUUCAAUCUUCUGAUGAUGAGAGUUUCUAUGUUAGGGAGGAUUUGAUGAAGACAAGAGGAGGAUUAGUCCGUCGAAGUAAACGUCAACAAGGCUUGGAUGCUGUAACAGUCAGGAAGCCGCCAAAAGCCACCAGAACAAAGAAAAAAAGAAUAGCAGAACUGAUGACUGAUGUUGUUAAUCUUGAGGAAGCUGAAGAAGCUGUUGGUGGUCCUGUUCAAGAAGUUCAGAAAUCUGGUGAUGUAGCUUCUGAGGAAGCUGUUGGUGGUCCUGUUCAAAAAGUUCAGAAAUCUGAUGUAGCUGCUGAGGAAGCUGCUGAGGAAGCUGCUGAGGAAGCUGAUGAGGAAGCUGAUGAGGAAGCUGAUGGUGAUCCUGAUCAAACUGUUUCUGAGAAAGAAGUCCCUAACACUAGUCAACAACCUGCUGAGCAAGUAGAUGUUGAAGAUGAUGAUGAGACUGUUGAACCUAUGGCAGAUGAAACUGAAAAUAGGAAUCAAGAUUCUCAACCUAUUGCAUCUGAACCUAAUGCUAGGGAAGAUGACUCUCAGCAUACUGAUGCUGGAACUGAGAUGCGUAGCAAUUCAGGAUUAGGAACACCGCAGUCAGCUCCCACUAUAAAGAAGAGAAGAGGGCCGACCAAGAUGCGUAAAGUGGCCAAGGAUCCUCAGGACAGGGUUGAAGUGUCAUUCACUGAGCUUGGUGAACAUGUAGGUCCUGGUUCAGUGACACUAUCAUCAUUUCUUGGUGCUAUUGUGCGUGAACAUGUUCCGGUAACACUUGAUGAUUGGAGAAAACUGGAUAGUCAGACAAAGGAUACACUUUGGGAGGAAAUACAGGGGAGGUUUAUUGUGCAAGAAGAGUGGCAAAAAGAUUCUGUUUUCAAGCAGAUGGGUUGUAUAUGGAGGUCUUCAAAGUCUAAGCUCCUAGGUCUAGUUAAAGAUGCAAAGAGUAGCACAGAGAGAAUAAAAUUAAAACCAAGCAAUAUCCCAUCUAUUCCAGUUUGGAACUCUUGGAUUAAGAGUAGGACUAGCACAGCUUUUAAGGAAAAAAGUAACAAGUUCAGGGCAUUGAGGAGGGCUCAGAUUCCCCACACUACCAGCCGCAAGGGAAUGUUUCGCCUAGCUCAUGAAAUGAAAAAAAAAAGUGAUGACCCUAAAAAGAUCACUAGGAGUAAGGUUUGGAUAGCAGGACACACUCACGCUGAUGGUAGACCCGUGAAGCCUGAGUUUGCUGACACUAUUGAACAAAUACAAUCACUUGAUAGUCAAAUGGACUCCACAUCAGGUGAUAACAUAAAAGAAGACGCUGUCAGUAAAGUGUUGGGAAAAGACAAACCUGGACGUGUCAGAGGGAUGGGCAGAGGGAUAACUGCUACCAAGCUAGCUUUCAUUCAGGCUAGAGACUCUAGACUUGAAGAGUUGCAUAACGAGGUUGAGGACUUGAAGAAUCAGAUCCGUGACUUGGCUGGAAAGAGUAAAAACUCUGGUGCUGGGACUUCUCAAUCUGAGGUUAGUGAUGUAGGCAAAGGAGUUAGGUGUCAGAUACUGGAUUGGUAUGCGACGAAAGAUAUUGUUGUUGGUGAGGGAGAAUUUUGCUCUGCUGAACCUCAGUAUCGGAUUGGCCGAAUUCCACUGGGUGAACACGGCGCAGCGGUCAUCGUCACUUCUGUAUCAGUUCCAGAUGCAUCUCUUUGGAGGCCAACGGCAGAUGUGUUCUUACUUCAACAAGCUUUAGGAGUCAAGAUUGCAUGGCCAGUCGAUAAAGUUAUAGUGGAUAAUGGAUUGGACAGCCAGAAUGACUCAGAAAAUACAGGUGGAUUCAAGGAUACUGGUACAGAUGAUGACCAACUUGGUAGAUGCAAAGUUUUUGAUUGGAAAAUGGAUGAAGUUAUUGCUGAGGGUGUUAUCUGUUCUACUGACAAAGAUGAGCUGAUAGAUAACAUACCUUUAGGUCUGAAUGCUGUUAUUCUGAAAGUUGAUCUGGUCAUUAGACCUGAAGCUUGUUUGUGGAGACCAAGUCCCGAAAUGUUUGUGAUGGGUGAUGCAUUUAAAACGAAGAUAGCAUGGCCAGUCCAUAGGUUAGAAUUAAUGGAUGCACCUGCACAUGCACAACAUGUAGGCAGAAGAUCAUCUACUCCGAGUGCAAGUAACACAAUCAGGACAGACAAAGGAGCACAGGAAUUAGGCAGAAGAUCAUCUACUCCGAGUGUGAGUACCACCAGCACAGGGAAAGGAGUAAAGAAGAAGUGCAUCCUGUUAGACUGCAAUAACUCUGGCCGCAAAGUUGCAGAAGGCAGAGUGUGCUCCACUGACCCAGCUGUUCUUAUCCAUCACGUCCCAUUAGGUCAGAAUGCUAGCAAAGUGUGGGUAGAAGUUUCUAAGAUUGAUGAUGCACGUGUGUGGAGACCCAAUUCAGAAAUUGAAUACAUUUCUGAUGCAAUAGGCACUACAGUUGCUUGGCCAAAUGAUAAACUCUUGUUCAUCUAAGCCUUCUAAGUAUAAUCUCGAUUUCAACUUUUUGUACUCGUAGUCAACAAACUAAGUACUUAUUU